AUGAACGCCGGAGCCGACAUAGUUCGCCCCCUGGGGCCAACGGUUCGGGAUGCACUUCAGAUUGCUCUCGCCAAAGUGGUUCUGGCGAUCCCUUCGUUGGGUGUUGGGAUCGUGGGCCGGGAAACUUCCGGGCCGCAUUUUGUUCAACAAGCCACAAUCAAUCUCGAGCACCAUUUCGAAUUUUGCGAGAGAGCGGAGACCGAUUCCAACGCCCGGGACACGGUAUUGCUCCGCUUUCUCGAAGAAAGGCAUGACCAAUCCUGGCUGGAUAUCGCUCAUCGCCCUCCCUGGAAGUUGACAGCUAUCGUCUGGAACGAGGCGCUUGAGGAUGGGGACGGAAACAUGGUGAUCGAUGCGAUUCUUGCAAUACACCAUUCACUUGCCGAUGGGCGUAGCACUGCGCUGUUCCACACCCAUCUUCUCGAAGAGCUUAACUGCGCUCCAAAGCAGGUUACCCAUUUGACCGAUGGCAUACUAAACCUGAAGGCAUCCGGCGUUCGCAUGAAUUGCCCGCCCCAGGAAGACGUUGUCAAUUUCACCAAAUCCUGGAUGUACCUAGCCCAGACACUGUGGCAUGAGCUCGGGCCGGCGUGGCUCAAGGUGAACCCACCGGCCGCGCCGUGGACGGGGAAGCCCGUCACCAGCGAGCCCCGUCAGACGGGACUGCGGCUCAUCCGGGUCCCUGCAGCGGCGGUGCCACGGAUUCUUGCCGCAUGCAGGGCCAACCAUACGACACUAACGCCAUUGCUUCAUGCCCUCAUUCUCGCCUCAUUAUCUAGGCACAUCUCUCCCAAGGAGGUAGUCGAAUUCCGCAGUACGACCCCGAUCGAUCUGAGACCAUUCGCGCAUGAUGGCGAGCACGGGAGCGGAAAUCGGGAUACCAAGUUUGGUGUUUUUGUUACGGCGCAAGAUCAUAGCUUUGACAACGCCACCAUUGCGGCUCUCCGAGAGCAACCGCUGACAAAAAGGAUUUGGCAAGUGGCGGCAGGGCUGCGACGCGACAUCAAGCAACGUGUGGCCGAGCUGCCGAGGGAUGAUAUUAUGAGCAUGCUCGGUUGGGUGUCCGAUUGGCGUGAGUUCUGGCUCUCUAAAGUAGGGACCCCGCGCAGGAUAACGUGGGAGGUCUCUAACAUUGGGGCGAUGCUCGGCGGGACGAAGCCAGACGGGUCUGGAGCUAGAAGCUGGAUGAUUCAGAGAUCUCUCAUGUCUCAGGGUUGCACUGUUGCCGGCGCUGCCGCCAAUGUUGUCUCGCGAGUGCAGAUCCGAACGAAGACCAACCACCCCCGGCCCAAAGAUCAAGGCGUCGUCGUCCGCCUGCUCGAGGACAUCCCCAAGUUUGGGCGCAAAGAUGCCAUAUUUCGUACCGAACGAGGGCGCAUGCGCAACGAGUGGUUCCCCAAGAAUAUGGCCGAGUAUAUGACCGCCCUACGCUUCCGUGAACUUGGCCUGACUCGCGACAAUAUUGGGGAGCGUGAGGCUACCUUUGGCACCAUGUUAGGAGCUGGGGAGGAAGAUUCAUCUCGGUCAGAGGCUCCCAUUGCGACCGUGGUCACAACAACUCCCGUGAAAGCCCGCGCCCUUUUGACCACGCUCAUCCCCAACAGCCUCCCCUUUUACCGCAAACCAAUCGCAGCCCCAGCCCCGCCGCCCCCUCCACCCGCGCGGUCCAUCUCUCCGCUUGUGGCCACAGACGAGCCCAACUAUCCUACAUCUACCGUACCAGACGAGCCCCAGGCUAUCUUUGGCUCAGUAUCCAUCACUGACAUCAUCAAUCGGAUCAAGGGGUUGUUAGUCGAGGACGUCGAAGGGAGCCUUAUCGCAUUGGACCCAACUAGCGUCCGGUUCCUAGGUCUCGAGGAAGACACCGACAGGAUCAAGUUUUUGGGCCGCUGGGAGGUCGAGAUUCAUGUUGGCAGCACCGUGGAACCUGUCCGCAAAACUGUGGAGAUCCUUCCCCUGGUUGAAGGACCUGAGGACGGCGAGGCGCGGAGUGGUGCUCCGUGA